AUGGCGACCGCGACUCGGGGCUGCGUCUGGGCCGAGCACCCGCCCGUCGACGAGGGGCACCGCCGCAUGGUGCAGCAGGUCAACGCAGCAGUCGCGGAGGCCGAUGCCGGACCCGCCGCGGGGGUCCUGCCGCCAGCCAGGGUGCCUCGGGUGGACAUCUCGUGCUUCGUGCACCCGGAGCGGGCAUCGUCAGCGGACAGGGAUGCGGUCGUGGACCAGGUCUUGGCCGCCUCGCAGCACGCUGGCUUCGUGAACAUCGUUGGCCAUGGCGUCCCCCAGUCCGUCGUCGAUGGUGUCCUCGCCGCGUCGGCCGCCUUCUUUCAGAGCCCGAUGGAGGAGAAGCAGCGGUGCAUCGCGAAAUCUGGUCCAGGAGUACUGCGCGGUUACGUCCCGUACAGGAACGAGAGUAUUAAUGCUGUGCUUGGCCGUGUCGGACCAGCUGAUCUCAGAGAGUCCUAUUCUUUUGGUCCUCCGGACCACAUGGGCGGCUCCGCAUACGGAACGAACACUUACCCAGACUUCAUCGCUGACUUCAGUCACCAUGUAGACUAUUAUUACGCUGAAAUGCGGCGCGUGGAGAUUGUGAUGUUGGAAUCUGGGGAUGACAAUGGGUACCAGUGGCAGUCCGUACCAGUGGUCCCGGGUGCGUUCACUGUGAACAUCGGCGAUAUGUUGGCCAGGUGGAGCAACGAUUGUUUCGCGAGCUCCUUGCACAGGGUCAAUGCCAAUGUCAAUUGCGACGCACCCCGCCACUCGAUCCUGUACUUCAGCACGAGUGUCUUGCCUUUGUACCCGAAUUCUGAUCCCAAAGUGGAAUGCAUCUGCCGCCAUGGUGAGCAGCCCAAGUACGAGCCGCUCAGCGUUGGAGAGUACCUGCAUCAUAUUCUCAGCCGCCUGCAGGCGCCCGCUUGUCGGGUUGACUCCUAA